AUGGCAGUUGUCAUUGUCUGUGUCAAAUGCCUGGGCAAGAAAAGAUACACCAAGUACCAGCUGGAUGCAAUAAAAGAAGACCUAGAGAAAAACAAGAAACACCCCAAGUUGCUGGUCCAAAUCCCAAUGUUCAACGAGAAAGAGGUUUAUAAGCUCUCAAUUGGAGCUGCAUGCGGGUUAUCUUGGCCAUCAGAUCGGCUCAUCGUACAGGUUCUUGAUGACUCCACCAAUGAAGCAUUACGGACAAUGGUGGAACUAGAAUGCCGAAAAUGGAUAGAGAAAGGGGUGAAUGUCAAGUACGAGACAAGGAACAACAGGAACGGGUACAAGGCUGGAGCCCUCCGAGAGGGUCUAAAGAAGCAUUACGUGAACGAUUGUGAAUUUGUUGUCAUCUUCGACGCUGAUUUUCAGCCAGCAGAAGAUUAUCUAUGGAGAACUGUCCCCUACCUACUUGAAAAUCCAGAGUUGGCCUUGGUCCAAGCCAGGUGGAAAUUUGUGAAUGCAGAUGAAUGUCUAAUGACGCGCCUCCAGGAGAUGUCACUACACUAUCACUUCAGUGUUGAACAAGAAGUGGGCUCCUCAACAUGUUCAUUCUUCGGAUUCAAUGGUUGUCGGCAAAGUCUAUUUCACUUUACAGAAUUUUGUAUAUAGUAAGAAAUUUUUA